AUGGAGGCCCCCGCGGUCCCCGUGGGCUCUCUGAUUGACUUCGGGGCCGGGGCCAAGCCAUCCACCUCCUCGCCCCUGGAGACGCUGUCUCCAAAGCUGCAGGACGGGGACAGCUCCCCGGGCGAGGGCGCGUCGGAGAGCGAGAGCACAGAGUCGGCCGACAGCGAGAACGAUGUGGGCGAGUCGCCCUCGCACCCGUCGUGGGGCCAGUUCCGCCGCUGCUCUUCCAGCGAGUCCGUCUCCUCCAACCAGAGCACCGACUCGGCCAAGGAUGCGGAGCUGCUGGAGCCCCGCGAGUUCAUGCGUGGCUACGUGGAGAAGGUCUUCUCCGGAGGGGAGGACUUGGACCAGGAGGAGAAAGCCAGGUUCGGAGAGUACUGCAGCAGUGAGAACGGAAAAGGCCGGGAAUGGUUUGCCCGGUACGUGAGCGCCCAGCGCUGCAACUCCAAGUGCGUCUCGGAGGCCACCUUCUACCGCCUGGUGCAGUCCUUCGCGGUGGUCCUAUUUGAGUGUCACCAGAUGGACGACUUCGGGCCUGCAAAGAACCUCAUGACCAUGUGCUUCACCUACUAUCACAUCGGGAAGCCACGCCUGCUGCCCCCCGAGCUCAAGGAGAAGCCGGCCGGGGGCAUCGACUCCUACUUGAGGUCGGCCAAUACCUGGUUAGCGGAGAAGAAAGGCGCGGCCGAGCGGCUCCUGAGGAGCACGUCGGCCAAGACGGAGGGCGCCAAGGGCUUCUUCGGGCUGGAGGCCAAGCCCGAGGGGCCCCUGGCCAGGAGACGCGCGGAGAAAGAAGGCAAGUCCCAGGAGAAGCCGCGGAAGACGGUGACUGUGUGCAGCCCAGAGGUGGAGAGGAAGGGAGAGAAGACCUACCUGUACACACACCUGAAGCAGCAGCCCAUCUGGCAUACGCUGAGGUUCUGGAACGCGGCCUUUUUCGACGCUGUCCACUGUGAGAGGAGAAAGCGGUCUCCCACCACCAGAGGGGAUGCUGGAGAGGAGGAGGAUAAGAGAGAGAGGUGGUGCCACAUGACCCAGGAGGAGCGGGACGACAGCCUGCGGUUCAACGAGAACAUCACCUUCGGGCAGCUGGGCACAUUCACGCACAACAUGCUGGCGUUCGGGCUGAACAAGAAGCUGUGCAAUGACUUUCUGAAGAAGCAGGCGGUGAUCGGCAACCUGGACGAGGAGCAGUACAAGCUGCUGAGUGACCACAUCGAGCAGAUGGCCACCGAGUAG